UCAAACGCUAUUUUUAAUUUACUUACAUUCGACAUUUUACACGAUCGUUCUCGUCAAAUAAAACCUAAAUUGCAAACACCAUGGGACGUAAAAAAUGUGAAGUUAUGGGAUGUACACUGGAGAGCACGAGGCUUCGAGCAUUUCCCAACAUCGUGACAGAAAGGGAACGUUGUUUAAAAUGGAUAGAGGCAUGCGGCAAUCCAGAAUUGUUGUGCAAGAAUGUAUAUAAGGACAAGAAAAUUUGUGACGAGCAUUUCGAAAGUCGCUUUAAAUUACAAAGCCAUUUAAGCAAAUCGGCUGUACCUACUCUUCAUCUACCAGAAUACAGAGAUUUGAGCAUUUUACAACAGAGAACAAUUGAAACAACAGAGACAGUGGUAGUUAUGAAUACAGAAGUACAUACUGGCCUCAGCUGACCAUUGCUGACCACUCCUGAUACUUUUGACAAUGUGUAAUGAUUGCUACUGACUGUUGCCAGCAUCUGCUGAUCUCUGCCUGCAUGUGUUGGUCUUUGCUUGCCUCUACUGGUCUCCACUUGCUUCUGCUGACCACUGCUUGCCAUUUCUAAUACUUCCGACAACGUAAAAAGAUUAUUAUUUGCUACUGCUUGCCUCUGCUGACCUCUGCCAGCAUGUGCGGGUCUCUGCUUGCCUCUGCUGGCCUCUGCUGACCUAUCCUGACCUAUCCUGACCUAUCCUGACCACUGCUGACAACUCCUGAUACUUAUGACAACAUAUAACGAUUACUACUGGCUGCUGCCACCCUCCGCUGGCCUUUGCUCACCGCUACUGCCACCCACCGCUACUGCCACCCACCGCUGGCCUCUGCUCACGGCUGCUGACCACUCCCGAUACUUCUGACAACGCAUAACGAUUACGACUGGC